AAUUGUUUAAAGAUGAUCAUCUAUUCAUUUCUUUAAUUAUUUACUAAAUAAUAUUUAGUAACAGCUAACAAGUUGGGUGUUUUAAUGUCAGUGUAAAGAAUUAAAUUUCAUCAAUUAAGCAAAAUGUCUAAUACUAAUAAGUUUAUAUCUGUCAAAGAUUUUGAAAACUAUGCUGUUAGUACAUUGCCACGAACUGUUCUUGGCUAUUAUCAAAGUGGUGCGUGUGAUGAGUACACGCUUUCAAUUAAUAAUAAAGCAUUUAAUAAAUUGCGCAUAGUACCACGGAUGUUACGUGAUGUCCGAAAUAGGGAUUUGAGUAUCACCAUUCAAGGUGAUAGGUUAAAUGUUCCCAUAGGUAUAUCUCCUUGUGCAAUGCACAAAAUGGCUCAUGAAGAUGGAGAGUGUGCAUCUGCUAGAGCUGCUGGAAAGCAUGGUGCGAUUUUUAUACUUUCGACUUUGUCGACUUGCAGUUUGGAAGAAGUUGCCACAGCGGCACCAAACACUGUAAAAUGGUUCCAACUUUACAUCUAUAAAGAUAGGGCUUUAACUACAUCGUUAAUACGAAGAGCAGAAAAAGCUGGUUACAAGGCACUUGUGUUGACUGUUGAUGCUCCAGUGUUUGGCAUUCGGUAUAAAGACAUAAAAAAUAAUUUUAGUUUACCGAGUUGGUUGAAGUUAGGGAAUUUCUCAGAAGAACUGUCAAAAAUGAACCAAACUAAUGGUUCAGGCCUAACAAAAUACGUUAUGAGUCUUUUUGAUGAUUGUUUGGUAUGGGAUGACAUAAGAUGGCUGAAAAGCAUUACUGGUUUACCAAUAAUAGUAAAAGGUAUUUUGAGUGCGGCUGAUGCAAAAAUUGCUGCUGACCUAGGAUGUGACGGUGUAUUUGUUUCCAAUCAUGGUGGAAGGCAGUUAGAUACAGCUCCAGCAACAAUUGAGGUUUUACCAAGCAUUGCACGAGAAGUUGGACAUCGUGUUGACAUUUAUCUUGAUUGUGGCAUAAGGCAUGGAACUGAUGUGUUCAAGGCUUUAGCUCUUGGUGCUAAAAUGGUGUUUUUAGCACAGCCUAUAUUAUGGGGUUUGACGUAUGAUGGCCAAAAGGGCGCGGAAGAUGUUUUUGGUAUUGUUGUUAAUGAAUUCGAUAACACUAUGGCUUUAGCAGGUUGUGUGUCAAUAGACCAAAUAAAGAAGGAAAUGGUAGUACACGAAUCAGUAUACUCAAAACUUUAAAUGUUUUUGAAUAAUUUUUAUACUACUUUAUUAUACAAAUAGACUUCAUGCAAUAGUUAUAA